UCUCUGUGGCUGCUGCAGGUGUGUGCGCUCCUCCCUUUGUUAGUGCUGGGGGUAAUUACAGCCCUGCAUUACACCUGUACACUGCGUUCUGUUCUCUCGUACUGGAGGCCACACCACUGCUCAGGCGAUAGCACCAGAAUCGCGCUGUGGGUGUGUCCCGCACGCUUGCCCCGCCUCUCUGCAUUUCAGUAGAACCGGUCUCUGGAGGGCCCGGAUUACCAGGGAUGAAUAUGGAGUUUCACAUGACCCCCUGCUUCUGAUCAUUUCGGCCCCAGUGAAGAGAGACGGAGGUUGUGACUGCAACUGCGGAAUCCUCCGGAAUGAGACAGUGGCCACGGUCGUACCUGGACAGGACGGGUGCAAGGGCACAGGGGGCCGAGGGAGGAGGUGGGAGUGCCACCCUGGGGAGCCUUUCGGAAGAGCGGGCUCCCAGCCGCCAGGAUGCAGGCAGUACAGAGGACAGCCAUGUGGCCAUAAUGCCCAAACCAGCGCACAUCCCCUUGGUCACGAAGCUGUGCUAUGCGGUCGGGGGAAUGCCCUGUCAGAUGACCGGCAUUGCCCUGGGCCUCAGCUUACAGAUCUUUCUCCUGGAUGUGGUACAGCUGGAUGCCCUCUAUGCUUCCCUGGUCCUCUUCCUGGUGCGGGUCUGGGACGCUGUCACUGACCCCCUGGUGGGGUAUCUGGUCAGCAGGAGCACCAGGACGAGCAUUGGAAAGCUCCUUCCCUGGAUCCUGUUCUCCAUGCCUUUGAGUGUGUUCUUCUACAUCAUGAUGUGGUUCACACUGCAGGGCUCCAAAUAUCCAGUGUUGAGUUUCUUCUGGCAACUCAGCAUGAGCUGUCUGUUCGAGGUCUUCAUGAGUUGUUACCAUGUCCCCUACACUUCCCUCAACAUGUUCUUAGGAGGCAGCCAGAGGGAGAGAGACUCUGCUACAGCCUACAGAAUGGGAGCAGAGGUGUUUGCCAUGCUGGUGGGGGCAGUGAUUCAGGGUCAGGUUGUAAGGGUUUAUAAUGCUGAGAAGGACCAGGCGUGCAGACAAUACAACCACCUGCCCCAAAAUACCCAAGCCACUGACACGCUGCGGGAGACGAGAAAGGCCUUUGUGAUCUCUGCUGUGGUGCUGGGGGGUCUGCACUUCUUGUGCUGCAUGCUGCUGUUCCUGGGGGUGAGGGAGCAGAUGGCUCCCACCUCCUCCGAGGCACCGGAACACAACCCGUCUGGCGCAAAGAUGCUGCUAAGACACACCCCUUACCUGCGCCUCGUCCUUGGCUUCCUCUUCGCCUCUCUGGCCUUCCAGAUGUCCCUGGGGAAUCUGGCCCUCUUCUUUACCCUUGAUGCGGAGCUGGGUGGCUAUUUCCAGUACUACAUACUCAUCCUGCUGGUGACAGCCACCAUCUCUGUUCCAGUGUGGCAAAUGCUUCUGGUGCGGAUCGGCAAGAAGACCACCAUGUUCAUUGGCAUGAUGGUCUAUAUUCCGCCUCUGGUUCUCAUUCCCUCUGUGCCCAGUAACUUGCCAGUCUACAUGGCCAUGUCAGUUCUGAGUGGCUCCAGUCUGGCCACACUCUUCCUGCUGCCCUGGUCCAUGCUGCCAGACGUGGUGGAUGACUUCAAAGUGAAGAACCCAAGCUGCACAGACCUGGAGCCCAUGUUCUUCUCCUGUUAUGCCCUCUGCAACAAAUUUGGAGCGGGUCUGUCUGUGGGCAUCUCCACACUGACCCUGCACUUUGCAGGGUAUAAACCUGGCCUGUGCAGCCCCAGUCCUGAUGUGGUCACCACCCUGCGGAUCCUGCUGGGCCCAGUGCCCCUGUCUCUACUGCUUGUGAGUCUGCUGUUCUUCUACCGGUACCCCAUCAAUGAGGCUCGGCGCCAGCAGGUGGCCACACAGCUGGAGACAGCAGUGAAGGAGGCCACCAGCUCUGCAUGCCUCAGAACACCACUGGAGCCCAGUCAUCAGUCACUCGGGUCCAGCCUCAGGACAGACCAUGGCUCUCAGCUCACCUGGGUGUAGUCUGAAAUCAGAUUCCAAAUCACAGCCAGGCCCCAGUGAUGAGAUUUUAAUGCUGGAGUGAGUCCUGCAGUGCUGGGUCAACACAGCUCUGUAUCACAGCUCAGGAACACAGCACAACAAACUGUGAAGCAGGUCUACACUGAAUGCAUUCACACGCACAUGCACACAAACAAAAUAAAUUUACCUGUUUUAAAUUUUACAGAAAUCUAGUGCUCAGGUCAACAGCCAUGCAGACGUUGUGUGGGUGUUACUGUAUGUCAGGAAGAAGGUACCAUGUCAGCUGAACCAUUUAUGAAAAUUUGUAGGAAAAUAUAAUUAUGGUGGGCAUAGUAUAUGCAACUUUUUGUCUAAGCUAAGGGAAAAUGUUCAAAAUGAUUACAUUUACAAUACUACUUUGUAUUGUACUUCAUAUUUGAGUUUUUUGUCUAUUGAGUUUGGUUUCUGAAUGUGAAUAUUUAACAGGCAUAAUUUUGUCUUGUCUUUCCUUUUGACUUUGUCCUGCAUGGACUCAAACUAACAUUACUUGUAAAAUGAAGACACAAAGGCCUUAAUGAAGAAAUCAAAUGUCCUCCACUCUUGUCCUAUACUCAUAUUAAAGGUUCUGUGAUUCAUUAUGUAGUAAGAGAUUCUGCUACUGCAUAAUCAAUCACAUAAAUUUAUGUAUAUUAUUAUCUACUUUGUAUAGCCAACUGAAAACCCUGUUCGUUUUUUCUUGCAUUUAAAAUGUCCAUUAAGACACGUGAAAAAGAUGUAUACUUCUCCCAAAAAAAGAAUCUAAUUUAGCUUGUGUAAAGCUUGUGUAAAGUAUUCCAUUUGGAAACAAGAGAGCUGGUAGUUUUACACAGCUUGCCAGUUCUGGCACGGCAAGUUCAGUUCUGAUUGGCAGCCCAGUGCAUGGACACAUAAGGAUGUAUUUUUUCAGGCAAAAGUCACAAGGCUGUAGAAGGGAUUAACAAAUCUGUAAGUGGUUUCCCAAAUCUGGAGAAUACAUUCACAAAUCAGUACAUGGUUUCCCAAAUCUGUAGAAUGGGUUCACAAAUCUGUAAAUUAUGUGAGAAUACAUGCAAUUACAGUUUCAGAAUUGCAAAAGACAACUACAACCUCUCAAAUCAACUAGGGCAACUUACAACCUCUGAAAUCAGCUUUGUACAACCUCUUGAUUUUUGCACCAAAUUUUUCAGUAUACCAAUUAGCAAAAAUUGUAAAAUGGGAUUAGUAACUGUGCUAAAGCUAAUGCUCUGCAGAGGAGGGUCAAUGCCUGUUCUUCCAGUCAAUCAGACGAGCGGGGGAUGACGCUGUACUGCAAUUACUCUUAAUAAAUGAACCUGCUGGCUAUAGCCAAAUCCUAAAAUAUAACAACUCGCAACAAGGUAUGCAACUCACCUGUGGAGAACCACCCUAGAUUGUCUUAGAUUCCAAAUUAUUGCUACAGUUAACCAAGUCCAGGUAAAUUAUUUUAAUACAGCAUUAAAUUAACAUUGCAUGUAUUGUGCACUCUGAUGUAGCUAUCCGUUCCCUGAUGAAAUAAGACAUCAUGUUCUUCUGGGCAAUCUACCCUCCUGCCAUAUUCUAUUUAAAAGUUCUAUAAACACUUCUAAAGCUAUAUUACUUAGAUUAUUUAACAUUAUGUAACAAACUUCUCUAACAGGAGAUGUUAACCCAGAUUUCUUAAUUGCUCUUCUCAUCUCUUCUAAUGAGAACACUGUAUUAAUGGUGUCUUCCCCAUGGCUGUAUCUCUGAAGUUCUGAGAGAAAUUGAAGUAGCAAUGGACUAGGUCCCGUCAUGUGAUGAAGCUGUGAAGCUACUAUGGUUGUCUCAAGAGCCUGUUACAAAUUUCAUCGGUUUUGUUCUUAACCAAUCAGAGAUCAGUUCGCCUAGGCAUCGCAUUCAUAAUUGUGAUUUUUGGUCAUAAUUUUCUCUAUUCUGUUCUGCCUAUAAAAUUAUCUGAUCCCGGAAAAAUGUCAAAUGUAAUUUCCUGCUUCUGUUGAUUACCACAAUGUGAGCUUUUGGCUCCUACUUCGCGCUGGAGCGAGUUCGAUGGAUUUCUACAACACUCAUAGGACAAACAUGGCAUACUACAUCACUAUUUCCGGGCCGUGGCAGCCAUCUUGCGAUGGUGCCACAUGCGGAAGUAUCGUAUUGAAUAAAAUAGAAUAAAACCACAUUUCCCUUCUAGUUCUUUAUUGGUAUAUAACAAUGAACCAUUUAAAGAAGUUCAGUGGUAUAUAAAAUGAUUGGGACCCGAUUGGGACACUCGAGGGAGGGAGGUCACAAAGGUCGGUUUCCGGGGCACGGAGGAGAUGAGGUGGUAGUGGAGGAAAAGGGGAUACAUUACUGUCUAGCUCCGCCCACCCUCUUCAGUUCCUCGCUCUAUGGCACCCACCAUAGACCACUCACAGAACCGCAUGAUCCCACCCCACCCAUCCAUCGCUCCCAUUCAAGUCUUUAUUUUCCGGCAUCGAAGGCGCAGCUUCCGCUGGUAGCUUGUUAGAGGAACCGAAUUGGAGAAAAAUAUCAAAGAACAAAAUGGGAGUCGAGGUUGAGACGAUUCAUCCGGGAGACGG